AUGAAGACCACCACCACCACCACAACCACUGCUGCCGCCAACACCAAGCUCAUCCUCCUCCACCCCUCCUCCAACUUCCACAAACCCACCACUAAUGUUUCCGUCUCCCACCGCCUUUGGCUCCUCUUCUUCUUCACCUUCUUCACUCUCGCUUUCUCCCUCGCUCUCUUCAACACCACCCUCCCCAACCCCACCUCUCUCUCCCCCACCUCCACCAUCCCCCUCCCUCCCUCCAUCUCCGACGCGCUUCUCCACUACGCCAUUUCCUCCAACGCUUCAUCCUCCUCGUCCCACAUGUCCCUCACCGAGAUCACAGCCAUCUCCAAUGUUCUAAGCACCUGCUCCCACACGUGUAACUUCCUCGUCUUCGGCCUCACGCACGAGUCCCUCCUCUGGCACGCCCUCAACCUCAACGGCCGAACCGUCUUCCUCGACGACAACGAGUUCCUCAUCUCCAAGUUCGAACAGUCCCACCCAUACCACGGCAUCGAAGCCUACGACGUGUCGUUCGCCACCAGGGUCAAGGACUUCAAGUCCCUCCUCUCCGCCGCCAAGUCUCAACUCCAACACGACUGUCGUCCGGUGCAGAACUUGUUGUUUUCCGACUGCAAGCUCGGGAUCAACGACAUGCCGAAUCACAUAUACCAAGUCCCUUGGGAUGUGAUCUUGGUGGACGGCCCAAGUGGGUAUUCUCCGGCGUCGCCUGGUAGGAUGGCACCGAUUUUCACCGCCGGAGUUUUAGCCCGGAGCAAGAAGGGCGGCGGGGACAAGACCCAUGUUUUCGUUCACGAUAUUUUUAGAAAUGUUGAGAGGGUUAGUAGCGACGAGUUUCUUUGCCGGGAAAACUUGGUGGAGGCUGUGGAUUUGUUGGGGCAUUUUGUUGUGGAGAAAAUGGAAGAUAACAGAUUUGAGUUUUGUAGAAACUCGGCAUUAUCAUCAUUACGGUCUUCAUCUGAAUCAUCAGGGAAUGAAGACGGUGAUGAUGAUGAAGAUGAUUAAAUUUAGAUGUUUUUUUUUUUUUUAUUAAUUUCUGGGGUUUUGUAAAUUAUAUAUACACUGUUAUAGUUAUUACAUAGUUGUUUUUUUUU